AUGCGACGCGCGCUCGCGCGCCUCGCGCGCGACGUCGCGUCGAGGCGGUCGAGCGAUGCGCGCGCCGUCGCGCCGCGUCGCGCGACGCGCGGAAACCACGACGGAGACGCGCGCGGGUGCUGCGACGCCGCGGCGACGUCACCGCCUCGGUUCACGUCGACGCACGAAAUCGUCAACUGCGCGCACGCGCACGGGGCGAGGUCGACGUACGCGGUGGGAAUGAGCGCGUACGCGUUUGAAUUGAUCGGUGACGCGACGCGCGUGGAGCCGACGCGCGCGAGCGGGGAGACGGUGGCGAAGGGGGAGACGCUCGCGAGGGUGCACUGGAGCGGGUUCACGCGCACGGCGGGCGACGAGCUGUAUCACUCGCGAUGGGCGAACGCGAGCGGGACGAGAGAGAUCGCGGCGCCGUUCGAUGUGAAGGUGGUGCGGUACAACAUGGAGGCGCUGCGGGAUCCGUACAUGAACGUGCGAGGACCGGAGACGUGGCUGGCGGAGGUGGAGGCGGAGAGCGGAUCGACGGCGACGCUGAUGGACGAGGAGGAUUACGACGCGUUGGUGGAGCGAGAGGAGAUGGCGGCGGCGGAUAAGGCGAACGCGGCGUAUCCGUGA